AUGUUUGCAUAUUAUUUUAUUGUAACAUCACCAAAUGAGAGAAGAUAUUUCUUAUCUUCUUCGAAUGGUCUCAGACCUAGCACAAAGGAGCAUGAAAUUGAGGAGGUGGAAGGCACAUGGUACCGAUCAUGCUUAGACAAAUGGAUGAGGUGGUCGUUGGAAAUUUGCAGGCGAGCACCUAGCUUGGCUGCCCCAUGCUCUGAGAGGAGACACCUGGGUGUCUUCAUAGUUGCUUGGUUGGAGCAACAUGUUAGGUGUGUCGUGAUAGAGAAAGGCAUUCUUCAUGUGUCACAGGCCUUGUUCAGACCAAGAGAUGAGGGGCCUCUUGGUUGCUUAAGGUGUUUCACGGUCAAUAACAAAAUGGUGAGAACGACAUGGAUCUUUGCCACGUUUCCCACAGACGGCGCCAAAAGUUAUACUCGCUUGAGAGCCUUUACAGAUGGGAAAGGGGAGAAAUCUAGAGGAAAGGAGAGAGAGUUGCCAAGUGCACUCUUCUCUUGGUUUAAUGUCUUUCUUUUUGGUCCCCCCUCAGCAAAAGGAGAGAGUCCCUUUUGUGGGAGAACAACAACCGACUUCUAUCCUUGGGCCUGCCAACGUGGCAGCCCAUUAGAGGCCCACCCAAGUGAGGGAAUCAAAUUAAAUCAAUCUAUUAUCAAUCAUUGCGAUCAACCUCUUGAAUUCGGACACAACAAUAUCCAUUCAAAUAUUCCUAAAACCAUUUCAAUUGAAACAUCAUCUUCAAGGGUGGAAGAACUAUGA